CAGUGAUAACAGCUCUCGGCCGACUCUCGAUUUCUAUUGCGCAAAGUCGAUGCAUACAACACUGCAUACCAUAUACCGUAUUAUACCUAGUAUUGUAUGUUCGGUACAACGGCCAUCGUCUGUUCGUCGUGUGUCUUCAAAUAUUCUUCUCGAUAACGCCGUUGUUUCAAUCGAUAUCGAUUGGAUUUCGAAUUAUCGAGUUCAUAUUGGUUUCACUCGAGUCGUCGAUAACCAAACCCUAAACCCACCGACAAAACCGAUUGUGUUUCACUGUUGGACUCGGCGGUCCGACCGCGUAUAUCACAGACACAUGUUCGUUGAUCUCGGAAACUGAAAUAUUACCGUCGACAACAUGAACACGACAUACUACGACCUGGACUCUUCUCAGUACAAUCUGGUUAAACGACGCCGUACCACCAAUUUUCGCGAUACGUAUUUGCGUAACCGCGAGUAUGGAUUUCGGCCAAAGUAUGGCGAUCAAAGUCGUUUACAUUGCGAAAUGUAUACAUCUUUGUAUCCCAUUGCUAGAUGGGAAUAUGAUGUCUCCAACUAUGACAUAUGUAAUCCAGGCGGUAUUUUCAAUUUGGAAUUCUCUCCAGAUGGGUGAGCAUUUUUUUUAUUUUUUGAACAAGUAUUCUAUCAAAAGCAUGUGUUAAAAAUAUACAUUAUAUACCUAUUGUGAUAUUUUAGGUCUGAUCAGUUUUAUGUAAUUAUUAUUAAAAUGCAUUGCAUCCUAAAUUAUGAUUUAAAGAUAUGGGGAAAACUCAUUAAAUUGACCUUCUUUUUCACUAUAAACUUAUAUUUUAUUUUAAUUUCUACAAAUAAAAUACUGGACCCCACUGAGUACUCAUGUGGGGCUCAGGAGUUUUAAUCUACAUUUUUACAACUGUCUAUUAUCAUAAUCCGUACUUUAAUGAAAGAAAUUAUGUACAGGUUAUUAACAAUAUUUUGAUAUAUAAUUAUUUACAUUUUUGAAUGAAUGAAAUUUCCAAAAUACUUACUUGUUUUUUUUUUCAUUUUAAUAACAUAUUUUAACAAUAAAUUUGUAAAUUUGUAUAUGAUUUCAUUACACAGAUAGGUACAUAUUGCUUAUAUUGUCUUUCAAAUAUUUUAUGUUUUUUAGGUAACUCAAUUAACAUUAAAAUAUAUUAAUAAAACAAGAGUUUUAACCUUUUAAAUCACGGUCAAUUCUAUAGGUACCUUUAUCAAGUAAUCACCAAAUAACUAAAACAAAUAUUAACCUUCAUCUUUUCUUUUUUCUUCUAUAAUAAGUACUGUCAAAAUAAUAUAAGUUAUGAAUACUUAUAAAUAUUUUUGCGACAAUUCAAUCUCUGUAAGACCAUAAAAUAAAAAAUGCUACUUUAUUAUAUGUAAAAGAGUUGUUUCAAAGUGAUUAAUAUUUUAACUUUCUAGUUGAUAUCAAUAUAUUAAAAUUCUUUUCUAUAAAUAAUUAUUUAAAAAUGUAUUUAUAAGAAUUGUAUUGAAUUAGUUAAAGAAUAUUAUAGUAAAUAACAUAAUUAUUUCAUAAUAACAAUAAAUUAAAACAUUUUUAUUGUCAAUUUUGAUUUAGAUUUAUAAUAUUACUAUAUAUUAUUAAUGGUAGAUAAUAUACAUUAUAUUCUAGGAAAAUGUUGGGAGCCGCAUGUGAAAACAAAUGUGUAAUGUUGUUUGAUCCUGUAACUCAAAGAUAUAUAACUUCUAUAAAAAAAGCACACAAUGAUUGUGUUAAUUGUAUAAAGUAAGUACCUAAGAUAUUUGCAUUAUUUAUUUUAUUUCAAAAAAUUACGUUUGUAGGCAUUUAUAAUGCGAUUAAGAAAACGGGUUAAACUUUUAUAGUAAGUAGUAUGUUCAGAAUACCGAUGAAGACAAUAACAUACUAGAAUGGAAUUAUAAAGAUAAAUUUAAAGCCUAAGAUUAACCAAACAUAUUUCGUUAUUUUACAACUUACAAAAACCGAUAGCAUAAAAUAUAAGCAGUAGAGUAUUAUGGGGGAAAGCUUGGGCUGUGUUUAUAUAUUAUAUUAUUAAUUAUAUAUAUUUAAAAUCAUUUAAUAUGAUUAGGCACGCUACAUUUUUUUUAAAAAAAUUAUGACUGCCACUAAAUAAUUUAAGCCCUACUCAAUUUGAAUGCGUUAAAUCAAACUAAAUUAACUUGAAAUUCAUAAAUUUAUAACUGUUUUUGUUAGGCUUGAAUUUGUUUUUAUAUUUUUUAACGUUAUAUGUUAGGUUUUAUUCUAUUUAUUAUUAUACUGGUCAGGCUUUUAUUUUUAAAAUGUACUAUAUGUAUUUUAGAUUUUUAGAUUCUCGAAUGUUAGCAACUUGUAGUGAUGACACAACAAUUGCAAUAUGGGAUGUUCGAAAUCUUAAAGAAAACAUUAAGGUACUAAAAGGACAUGUAAAUUGGGUAAAGAGUAUUGAAUACUCGGUAAAAGACAAUUUACUUGUUUCUAGUGGUUUUGAUGGACAAAUUUACACCUGGGAUAUAAAUGGGUAAAUAUAUUGAAUAAAAUAAUAUUUUAAAAAUUAAAAAUAAUUUAUUUGUUUAAACAUAUUUAUAGUUAUUCAGAAGAAGGAAGAAUUCCUCAUAAUACUGUAUGUCACAUUAAUGGACUUAUGCGAAUUAAACUACUACCAGAUUCCAGUAAACUAAUUAUUUGUACAACAAGUGGAUUCAUCUUACUUAUAAACAAUUUAGACUUAGAAACACUGGCUACAGAUAUUCAGGGAUUCAAAGUAAUUUUUAUUUAAAUUAUAAAUUUAAUAAAAUAUAAGUUGGAUUAAAGAAUUUUUCAUUUUAAAUUAUAUCUUUUUAAUAUAUAUAUAUAUAUACAUAUAUAUCUACAUUCUAUACUAUUGUUAGUUAAAUCAAAGUUUUAAACCAUAAAAUAUUUAUGAGACAAAUAAAAUAGUAAUAUCUUCUACAUGUUAUUUUACCAUAAUAUGUUAUAAUAUUAUACCCUUCCUACCAAUAAUUUUUAAUUAUUUUGUUCUACAAUAGUUGAAUUAAUGCAUGCAUUAAAAAAGAAAUGGUUAACCUUUAUUAUGGUACAAAAAAAUGUUUAAACAACAUGUUUUUUAUUGAGAUUACCUAAAAUAAAUAUUUUAAUAAGAUUAUGAACAAAAUUAUUUCUUGGGCUUUUUAUUUUAUACUCAUUAUUAUAUUAUACCUAUUAUAAAUUUUUCUUCUCAAUUUUAUUAAAAUAAUACCUUUUUUGGUUGUAGCCAAACAUGUAUCGAUUGAUGCAGUUGAGUAAAACUACCAUUCCUAAUGCAGCUGCCCACACUCACAUGUUUACUCGUAAACGAAACCGUGUUGAAUUCAUUGUAGAUUUCCCUAGAAAUGACGAUGCUGAAAUAAUAUCUUCUAUCCAGGUAAAAAAAUUAAUAUUUAUUUAUUUGCAUUUUAUUCUAUGCUAAUGAACAAACAAAUUUAUAUAUCUAUAUAGAUACAUCCAGAAGGUUGGAAUGUCUUAAGUCGAAAUGUUACCACAGAUGAACAGUCUGAAUGGACUUGUGUACAUGAUAUACAGGAAAUGAAUGCUCCUAAGGAAAGAAACGAAACUGAAGAAAUGAGUUCUGAAGAAGGAAAUACAUUGGAAAAUUCCCUUGGCAACCAUCCAAUGUAAUAAAUUAUAAUUUAAUUUAUACAAGUAUAUUUUAAGUCAAUCUAAAAUAUUGUUGUUUUCAUAGGGAAGGCAGACAAUACCGACGAACUCAUGUAGUGAUUCCUCGUGAUAUGAAUAAUGGCAUGAAUAGUAUGAUACCAUUUUCUGUAUUAGGACCAACAAGGGGUAACCGCCAAGCUGACUUAUGGGAAGCUAUGAUGAAUGUCAGUGGUGGAAAUCGAAUAAGAAGUUUGAGAUAUUUAUCUGGUAUAUAUAAAAUUAUUAAGAAAAAUCUUGGGGAUCAAUGGAUCAAUUCUUGAAAUCAUUAAAUUGUUUGUCACAUAAAUUGAAGAAAAGGCUGUUUUCAAAAAAAAAAAAGAAUUGAUUUGCUUAAAAAAAUUUCUAAAACACCUUUACUUUUCUCACUUAUCUAGAUUCACUCAUUUUUUUUUUUUUAUAUAGAAUAAAUUAUAUACAUUUUGAUAUUAGGUUAAUACUAUCAUCAUAUUUUAUGAGUGGAUUAGAUCUGUCCUGAAUAUAUUGGGGUAUCAGUAAAACAGUCAGUACCUUGAUAAUAUACCUACUCAUUAUUACUAAAUAAUGCCAAUGAAUCCAUCAUUUAGGUGUAAAAUCCAUAAUUUAAUUUUCAAAAAUUUACUAUUUGCAUUACCCAAAUUAAAAAAAAAAAAAACUUAGAAAUAGUUGUUAACUAAAUGGUAAAACAUUGUUAACACACAACCUUUAAAUCUUUCUGUAAGAAAUUACAUUUACAAAUUUGUCUCUGCAAGUUAAAGUCACCUACAAGUCUGUAAAUAGUUUAUCGGUCUUUAAAUAAUAAAUAACAUUCAAACAACACCCAAUUUGGUUUUCAGAUCUAGAAGUGUUUGAAUGGUCUUAUAUGUUAUAGAAUAUUUGUGCAACCCAACCUGACUAAUAUAAUUUUAUUACGUUGCUUAUUAGACUGAUCCAGUUAAUGGGAUUGUGGUGGCCUCUUAAAGUCUUCACCUACCUGAUAUAUUUAUAAUAUUAUUAUUUUUUAUUUCUUUAAAAUAAAUGCUAGUGAACAGUUACUCAAAAGAUUCAAAUUUGUAAUUGAUCAUUUUUAGUGUAUUCAUUUAAAUUAUAUUUUGAUCAAAUUAGUGAUUUUUUUCACUUUCUUAUUUAUUUAUUUUUAUGUUUUAAGCCUCUACAAAAAUAUUUUGAUAAGUUGUCUACCGGUAUGUAAUCACUAAUCAGUGAUAAUUUAUUACUUUAAGACAAAAAGUAUUUUUAUUAAAAUUCACUCUUUCACAGGAAACUACAAAUUUAUCCUUAGAAUACAAAACAAUUUUUAUUUUUUGGGUUUAUUUCUUGCAUACCUUGGUGACAAAUUAAAAAAAAAAACAAAAUCUAAUAAUAAUAAUUUAAUGAUCCAUUAUUCAGUUAAAUAUUUUCAUUCAAUUGAUUUAUUGUUAGUCGCAUAAUUGGUUAUUUUGUUUUAGAUUUUGAGUGCAGCAAGUUGUACUAUGUAUUUUUUUCAAAAAAAUUGUGUCUAUAAAUAACUUUUCUACUUGAUAUCAUGCUCUAGAGCAAGAUACCAAAAAUAAUACUUAUUACAGAUUAGUUUAUAUUUUACAUUAUCUAUAAUAUUUAUUAAAAACUACUAAAGAAUAAUAAGAAUAAUAAGUACAAACUAGUAUAAUCUUAUUGAUUCUAAUCAAGAAAACAGUAUGUUGCAUGUGAUUAAAAUAAAUCAGUCAAUAAAUGUAUUACUUUUAGCUUAUGUGACAAAUAGUAAAACGAUUUUAAAUAUUGGCUUUGAGUUGUUAAUUCUAUGUAAAAAUUAAUACUUUAUAAUUUUUUUUUUUUUUGUAGAAGGACGGGAGCGAGUAUUAGGUACAUAUUCUGGUGUACGAAUUGUACGCAGUGCCACUGGAUUACAAGAACAAGAGGAUAUAGAUGAAGUGAAUGAAGUGAUAGUGGAUGGACGUCAGCCAUCACCAGAUGGACGGGCUGAACGAUUAGUAACAGUAUUAAUUAACCGUACUGGCCCACCUGAUUUGAGAAUGCGUAAUUAUAUCAUGGGAAAUAAUAGAGGUGAAAGCGCUAGACCAAAUAGACGUAGUAACGUUGAAGUAGGAAAUGUAGCGGAUGCCGUGGUAUUUAUUGAUAACCGACCACGGCGAAACAACUAUGUUCUCAACUGUAUGAACAGAUAUCAAGUACCCCCAGAUCAUAAAAUACACAGAAACUUUAAUCGCCUAACACAUUUUAUAGAAGAAGCAAAUGUCGGUAGAGGGUUUAUCAAAGAACUGUGUUAUUCCAAUGAUGGGCGUAUAAUCUGCUCUCCUUUCAGUCAUGGGAUUAGGCUGUUGUCAUUUUCUCCUAAUUGUGAUGAACUGUCUACUUUGCAUCCAAAAGUGCCAGGUAUCAAACUCAAUGAGAUUGGUACAAAUGUAUCUCAUGCAAACAUUGUACUUUGUACCAAAUUUUCACCUAUCCAUCCUUUGCUUGUAUCAGGUUGUAUUGCUGGUCGAAUUGUUUGGUAUCAACCAAGAAUAUAACAUUUAUUGACUUUAGAUAUUAUAUUUUUCUUUACAAUUAAUUAAAUUGUUCAUAAUUUAAAAAAAAAAAUUGUUUUUUUUCCCUGUACCAAUAGUAAAAUUAAAAUAUUACAAAGCAUGUCAAGUCAUACUUUGUCUACUAGACAUAUCAAUGAUUUUAUUCAUGAAGUAUAUUUAAUGACUGUUGUGCACACUACUAAGCGUUUCUUUUUUUCCUACUUAUCCACUAAAAUUUGUAUAGUAAAUACAAAUAAUAUAUUUUUAUCUUUUUAUUUUUAAAUUUAGAUAUUGCAAUAAAAUAUUUACAACAUAUUUUAAUAUUUUUGUCAGGACCAUUUUUAUAUGUGAUUUUUAAUUUCAAGCUUAAUAUUGUGAGAAUACAUUAGCACCAAAUUUGUCUAAAUUUUAUAGACUUAUUUUUUUUUUUAGUACAUAAUCAUUAACUGCAGUUUGAAAAAUUAAUAAAACUCGGAAAAUUAUGAAUUUAAUUUUUAGCCUAAAACUACUGUAAAGGAUAUACAGAAGAAAUAUUAUUAUUGUAUUUUUUGUUUAAAAAAUUAAGUGCUAAAUGUUUGUGUAGCGUUAUCUUAAAAGGGUAUCACUUGUAACACUGUAACAUUUACUGCCUCUAAAACACAAUAUAUCAAAAAUGUUUUCUUACUUUCAAUAGUACUCUGAAUCAAAUAGACCUAAAUUAUUAUAUUUUAAAAAUUCAAUUUUGGGAUAUUUAUUUAUUAUUAUACAUUUCUACUAAGAUAAAAGUUAUUAAUAAUAGUUUGUAGUAUGAUUAAGUUAUCUUGGAAAAAAAUGUCAACAAAUCCCCAAUUGAUUAUACGAAGUAAUUUUUCUUAUCAUGAACCAGAAAUUUUCUCUGAGAAUUUUAAGUGAAUUUGACUUUAGUUUUUUUUAAUCAUAAUCGAAUUGGUUAAACUUUAUUUUAAAAUAAUAUUUUUGAACACUGGUUUAAAUAAAUAUUUUUCUAGACAUUUUGAUAUACCAGGUUAUCUUGGAAAGUAUAAACUAUUUUCAGAAUUUGUUUCUAUAACAAGAAACAAGCUGCUCUUAUAUAUACUUUUAUAAGGUAUAUGCAAUAGAGAUAAAAAAUUUGAAAUGAUUUUAAAAUAAAGCUAAAUGUAUUCCAUAAUAUUUUUAAAAAAAAAAAAACAAAUUAACUUCAUUUAAAAUUCAACUAGAAAAUUUCUUGUUUACGAUAAAAAAAAAUCACUGUAAAGUAAAUGUAGAGCAAAUCUUCAAUUUGAUGAAAUAAUUUUUGCUUUUGGUCUAUUAGACUUUGAGUACUAUUGGUAAUACAAACACACUUUUGCUAUAUAAUCCAUUGGCUAGAAAGAGGUGGCAUACUAUACUCUAUUAAAGUUAUGUGGCGUUUUUUUUUAUUUGCAAUAUUUUACUUUUGUUAACGGUGUAUUAACAACCUGACAAAAAUCAUAUUUUUAUUAUUAUUAUUUAAGUUUGGAAAAAAUUGUCAUAGAAGAAUGAAUUUAUUAAACUAUUUAAACGAUAAUCAGUUUUAAUACAAAAUACUUAUUUAUUCUUAUAUUUGGUUUCAAAAUAAUUAUUAAAAAUAAUUUGAGUUUGUUCCUAUGGGCGAAAUAAAUUUCAAACCCUUUACGAAGAGCUUUUUCAUUAAAUAAUAUUACUAACUUAUUAUUAUAUUGAUAAUCACAGGCAUUACAUUUUAGCUUUUUAUUGUUAAAGAAUGCCUUAAAAACAAUAAUGUAUUUUGUCAAAAUAAUUAUUAAUUGAUAAUAACAUGUUUUUCAGCUGCUAAGCCUUAUAGUUAUUUAUAUUUUAGAUUUCUGCAUGUUAUAAACAGUGUGUUUCACUCAAAUUGGUACACACAAUUUUUCAACCAGAUAGAUUUUAGUUGAAAUUUUUGUUUUAGUAAUAUUGGGGUAGUGAAAUACAUAUUUUGAACUAAUUUUAGAAGGUGUAUUUAGAUAUUCCUGAUAUUUUAAAUGUAACUUCUUUUCAAUCCAGUCUAUCCCGCUGAAAUAUUUAGUAUUAACCAUUUGAGUGAAAAAACUUUAUUAUUUACACAAGAAAACAAAUAAAAUAUCAAAAUUAAUUAUUAAAAAUAUUUGUAUUCAAAGCAAUAAAAACAAAAUAAAUAUUGUAUUAUAUAGUACUUAAAAUAUUACAAUGUAUAUAGUUAUAGUAAAUAAUAAUAAUAUAUAUUGUUAGUUUUCAGUAUUAUUUUGUGUUACUUUUUUUUUUUAACACAAUUGAAUUAGGCUAACUCCUCUUCUGUACAGACAAACUAAUAAAAUUUAGAAUUGAAUUUUUAUUGUUUCUUUUUUACAGACAUGCGUAAUAUAUGAUAUACAGAUAUGUAAUAAAAAAUAAUGUUUUUUACGUAAUUUUAAAAUAACUUAAUACUAGUCUUAUAACUAUUUUAAUAUUAUUAGAUAUAUAUGUAUAUAAACACAUGGCAUAACAACGCUACUUGAUCCAUGUAAGUGUUCUAUUUAUACAAUAUAUUAACAAUUCACACACUUAGAAAGAAUAAAAUUAAAAAAUGAAUAUCAGUAAACUAAAAAAUAAUGAAUCAGUAAUAAUAAAUACAAUUGACAUACAAAUUGCCAAAAUUAAUAAGAGUUUAUUAACCUGUAAAUGUGUUUUAUAAUAUCCAGUAAGUACCUGCUCCAUUUCUGUAUAUUACAAGAAAAAUAGUUUUAUCAUUAUUAAAGAGUGUUAGCCUGGGAAAUGUUCAUGAAUUGUGAUAAUAUUGAAGUAUGUUACUAUCCUUUUCUGCUGACCAAAUACCUACACGAAUGUAAAUCAGUGAACUAAGUGAUGGAGUCCGUGUUUUUUAAUGUACCGUUGACGUGCUUCGUCAAUCAAUUUUGUUUUUCUUUCCAUGAAUGAACCUACUCCAAAAUUGUUGGGUGCUGUGUUUUUGGUCUGCAA